AUGAACAAAAAUGAUAUACAAAAACUAGACGAAGAGACUUUGGAUAAAUUGACUGAAGGACUCGGGCCUACUGACGAAUGCCUUUGCUCAUUGCUGUCGCCUCCUGAAGGAGAGAAAAAGGGUUUCAGACAGUCGAUUAAGAAGGCCUUCGCUUCGAUAGGACAGGGCCGCAGCGGCAGGAGGAGCGCAGACCAGGGCAGCAGACGGGCACCUGAUAAGAGACCUGGCUUGAUGAACACGAUCGAUGUGCCGCUCACAUUCACCAAAGGAGCUAAAGGUAUAUAUACUACGAAGGAGAAUGUUAAAUCUAAUUGUGGUAAAUGUGGGUGCUCCAACGAGAACAUAGUCCUAAAGCAUUCGUACGCCAAUAUACGCAUAACCAGUCCGGAUAUAUCAAGUAUAUGUCCUUGUCCCAGUGACUGUUUACCAGACAAGGCAAAGCUGUCUAAUAAUAUAAAAGUGACAAUUGAGCGUCUAGCUAUUGAUACUCCUUCGGAUAAUACAGGGCCGGACUCGGGUAACGGUUCUUUAGACACCAUAUCUCGAUCGGAACACAGUGCCAGCCUAUAUACGGAAGAGAUUUAA